CAAAUGUUCUUCGUGAAUACUUUGUGCAUGGGAGUUAGAAUGAAAGAAAGAUUCGCUCUUUUAUAAACUUUUUCAUCUUUUGGAAUCAUUGUUUGAGCGCUUGAGGUGAGUGGGGGUUCAAAGUAACCAAAAGGCCUUUGAAUCUUUGACUCCGGGCCUUAUAGAGAGUUGACGAUCCUCUAUAUGUGGUCAAAGAUAUGAAUCAACUCGAGCCUUUGAAUUCUAUUCUAUUUUUAAGUGCUAUCUGCCUUUUGAUGCAGUUAAGAAGUGGUUUGGAGACCACAAGGGUAAGUGUUGAAUUAAAUUUGGAGAAUCAGGUCAGUAUAUCUGAGGUUGCUACUUCUUUUGAUUCUGAAUUAGAAUCUGAAACUGAGGUAAUUGUUUCUCCUUUCCAAUCACAUAAUAACAUGGCAACUUUAAGGGAACUAGCUGCACCUGACCUUCAGACCCAGCCCAUGUCCAUUACAUAUGCUGUUUUGGAAAAACCAUUGAAAUUAAACUCUGGAUUUUUGAAUAUGCUUCCCAAGUUUCAUGGCCUGCCUGGUGAAGACCCUUAUAGACAUGUAAAUGAGUUCCUCAUAACAUGUGCAGCCAUGGAGCCUAAAGGAGUUCCUCAAGAGCAAAUCAGACUUAGGGCCUUUCCCUUUUCAGUGAUGGACAGAGCAAAAGAUUUGUUGUACUAUAUGCCUCCUGGAUCUUUUACAACCUGGCCAUCACUGCAUAGGGCAUUCUUAGAGGAGUUCUUUCCUACCUCUAGAAUAGGAUCUAUUAGGAAGGACAUCUGUGGGAUAAAACAACUGGGGAAUGAAUCAUUUUCUGAAUAUUCGAAGAGAUUCAAUAAACUCUGUGCUAGUUGUCCUCAGCAUCAAAUCUCUGAACAACUGCUCAUCCACUACUUCUAUGAAGGGUUAUCCCUAAUGGAUAGAAGUAUGGUAGAUGCUGCUAGUGGUGGUGCUUUAGUUACUAAGACCCCAGAGGAAGCUAGGAAUUUGUUCAAUCUUAUAUCUCAGAACACACAGCAAUUUGGACUAAGGAUGAAUGAACCAGAAAAGGAAAUUGAAUCUCUUGCAACCCUCACUGAUCAGAUUGCCAAUCUUACCAAAAUUAUGGGUCAAAUGGUUACUGUGGGGGGAAUCAAGAACUCACUUUUCUCUAUGUUGAAAGUGUUUCCUUGGUAUAGUGAGUUGGUUAACUAUUUGGUUACUGGAGAAUUUCCAGUAGGCAUGCCACAAGCUGAGAAAUGUAAACUCAAAGCUCAGUCAAGGAAACUGGGUGACUUCUCUGCCAAAAUUUCGGAGCACUUUAGAGCGGAGAAACUGCCCAGUAAAGGCAGAAAAACCACUGCCAAUACCCCUUUCAGUAAGGGUCCAAGCAGUGGGGAAACUUCCAAGCGGGCAAGGCGAAGACAGGUGAGGUGUAAACCAGUAAAUGGAGACGGCAUUGAGGCCCCUGGCAGUGUCUCUGCCCUGCCCAAACCAGUGGUUAAAACCCCUCUUUUGAAACCGUUGGAAGGUGUUGAUGUGGUGCAAUGGGUUGAUGAGGGGACGAGUCACUUGAAACCUACCAAGACUGUCCCGGAAAGCAAACAAAAACAGAAGAAGGCUACCAAGACCAUUGAUAACCCGAGUGAUGGCAACAAAGGGCUGGACAGUGGGUCGGAGCAUCAAAACCAGUGUCUAAACCAGUGCCUAAGCCUCCUAAGUUGGGACAGGUUGAUGGCCUUGAUGGGGCUGACCUGCGUGGUGAAAAGGCUGGCCAAAGGGAACCCCCCCGCGGCUGUGACAAAGCAAGUUGAAGCCACGACAAACAAGAAGAAUAAAACUGCCAAAACGGUUGGCACUGUGCCAACCAUGAAAGAUGUGGAUAGGAAAGCUGCUUUGGUCCUUGGUAACCCCACUGCCUCCACGCCAUCUGAUGAAGUUGGGAACAUCACGGCUGGUCCUAAGGACAGGGCAGUGCAUGAAGACCAAGCGACGUCCAAGCCGGAGGCCAAUGAAGCAAAGGGAAACAUGAAGAGAGCAAUGCACAAGAAACCUUCAGAACCGGAUGGCAUGGUUGAAACGCACAAUGAAACUACGUCUUCCUCCUCUUCGGGGGAGGCUAAAUCUGCAUGGAGAGUAGCCCAAGACAAGCAAAAGGAAGAAUGGAUAGAUUGCCUACUGAAGGCAGCCCUGCUUCGAGUGGAUAGAAAUGAUGCCAAACUUCCAAAGCUUGCGGAUUUGCUUAGAAAGAAAAUUGAAAAAAAAAACCAAGUACUCUACUUGAUGCCUAUGGCGAAGUACUGAGUAGCAAGGAGUAUAUGAAGGUGGUUAAUGGGGUAUGCCCCGAUACAUUGUAUGUUU